GGGCACUUUCCGAGGGGACUCCGAAGCGGGCGGCAGCGCUGAGCCGGGCAGCCCCGCUCCGCCAUGACCCCCCCGGCCCCGCCGCGACGGCCCCGGAGCUGCCGGUUGGGUUCCCGUGCGCUGCUCCCGGUGCUGCUCCCGGUGCUGCUGCCGUCCGUCGCCGCUUUCAACCUGGAGACGUCGCGGCCCUUCGCCUUCCGGGGGUCCCCCGGGUCCCUUUUCGGUUUCGCCUUGGAUUUUUACCUGCCCCGACCUCCCAGUGUCAGCAUUCUGGUGGGGGCCCCCAAAGCCAACACGAGCCAACCCAACGUCACCCAAGGGGGGGCCGUCUAUCACUGCCCGUGGCCCCCCAGCACCGACUGCACCCCCAUUGACUUCGACCACAUCGGGACCCGCAGCCACCCCAAUGACUUUGGGGGCAACGGCACGGAGAACCCCGACCCCAUGGAGUACAAAUCCCUGCAGUGGUUCGGGGCCACCGUGAGGGCGCACAACGCGUCCAUCCUGGCCUGCGCCCCCCUGUACAGCUGGCGCCCCAUUAAGGACGAGGGGGGGCGGGACCCGGUGGGCACCUGCUUCCUCUCCAUUGGCAACUUCUCCAAGUUCGUUGAGUACGCGCCGUGCCGCUCAGACCUGAACUCUGAAGCUGGGCAGGGUUACUGCCAGGGGGGGUUCAGUGCGGAGUUCACCCAGACGGGACGUGUGCCUGGGGGCCCCGGCAGUUACUUCUGGCAAGGGCAGGUGAUGUCGGCGACGCAGGAGCAGAUCGCUGCCUCCAACUACCCCGAGUACUUCAUCCACGACGUGGCCGGGCAGCUGCAGACGCGCCAGGCGGCCGCCACCUACGAUGACAGUUAUAUGGGCUAUUCGGUGGCGGUUGGAGAGUUCAGUGGGGACGCGACGCAAGACUUUGUGGCCGGUGUCCCCAAAGGGAACCUCACCUAUGGCUACGUCACCAUCCUCAAUGGCACCAACAUGAAGUCGCUGUACAACUUCUCAGGGGAGCAGAUGGCAGCGUACUUCGGCUACGCGGUGGCAGCCACGGAUGUGAACAACGAUGGGCUGAGCGACCUCCUGGUGGGGGCCCCCCUCUUUAUGGAGCGCACGGGGGACGGGCGGGUGCAGGAGGUGGGCAGAGUGUACCUCUACCUGCAGGGGGGGGGUCCCCUCCACGGCCCCCCCUCCAUGCCCCCCACCCCCACCAUGGCCCUCACCGGACCCCAGGAGUUCGGGCGCUUCGGAAGCGCCAUCGCUGCGCUGGGAGACCUCGACCUGGAUGGGUUCAAUGAUGUGGCUGUGGGGGCCCCGCUGGGGGCCGAGGACCGCCGGGGUUUGGUGUACAUCUACAGCGGGAGGGGGGCCGGGCUGCACCCCCACCCUGCCCAGGUGCUGAGGGGGCAAUGGGAGCCCGGCCGGAACCCCGACUUCUUUGGGGCCGCCCUACGUGGGGACACCGACCUGGAUGGCAACGGAUACCCCGACCUCCUGGUGGGCGCCUUCGGGGUGGACGCGGCCGUGGUGUACAGGGGGCGCCCCAUAGUCCAUGCCAGCGCUUCGCUCACCGUCGUGCCCACAAUGUUCAACCCCGAAGAGCGCGGCUGCGUCCUGGAGGGCACCGACGUCCACGUGCCAUGCAUCAACGUCAGCUUCUGCCUCAACGCUUCGGGCCGCCACAUCCCCGGACCCAUCGGCUUCGCAGUGGAGCUGACCCUGGAUGGGCUUGAAGGCGCCGGGGGGGCGGCGGCGCUGUUCCUGGGGGGCCGUGAGCCCACCCUGAGCCAAACUGUGCCCGUCCCAAACGGAGCGGGGGGGCGCUGCCACAGCAUGGCCGUGUUCCUCAGGAACGAGUCGGAGUUCCGGGAUAAGCUGUCGCCCAUCGCUGUGGGGCUGAGCUUCGCCCUGGACCCCCACGCCCCCCCCGAUGCCCACGGGCUGCACCCCGUGCUGGCGGCCACCACGCGAACCCGCCUGGAAGCCAAGGCUCACAUCCAGCUGGACUGCGGUGAGGACAACAUCUGUGUGCCCGACCUGCAGCUGGAAGCAUUCACGGACCGCCGUGCUGUGUACCUGGGGGACCGCAACAGCCUCAACCUGACCUUCAUCGCCCGCAACCAGGGAGGGGGGGGCUUACGAGGCCGAGCUGCACGUGAAGCCCCCCCCCCACGCACAGUACCGGGGUGCUGCACCCCCAUGGGAACUUCUCAGCGCUCAGCUGUGAGUUGGGGGGGCAACGGCUCGAGCCCCCUCGUGUGCGACCUGGGCAACCCCAUGAAGGCGGGGGCCAGCAUCUGGGGGGGGCUGCGCUUCACCAUCCCCCACCUCAGCGACAGUGGCAAAAACGUCCGCUUUGAGCUGCAGAUCCGCAGCAAAAACGCCAACAACUCCCAGAGCGAAGUGGUGGCGCUGCUGCUGGAGGUGCGCGCGGCCACACGGCUGUCCGCCUUCGGGGUGUCACGGCCCGAAGUCGUCACCGUCCCCGAGCCCGGCUGGGCGCCCCCGCAGCCCCCGCAGCGCCUGGAGGACAUCGGACCGCCCGUGGAGUUCGUCUAUGAGGUGGGUGGAGAUGGCAGCAAAGCGGGGGGUGACCCCAACCCCGAGGGACCCCAUGGCCCCAAUCCCAGUGAUGUCCCCAGUCCUAAAGGACCCCAUGUCCCCAAUCCCAGUGAUGUCCCCAUGUCCCCAAUCCCAGUGAUGUCCCCAUGUCCCCAACCCUGAGGGUCCCCAUGUCCCCAGUCCCGGUGGUCCCCAUGUCCCGAUGGACCCCAUGUGCCCAGCCCUAAAGGACCCCAUGUGCCCAAUCCCAGUGAUGUCCCCGUGUCCCCAACCCUAAAGGACCCCAUGUCCCCAUUCUGAGGGU